UUCGAGACCUAUCAGGUAAUAAAAGACCAUGUGAACCACUCAACAGGACGGAAUAUUGCACAUAAAUUUCCACAACACCUUUUUGAUUUAUAACGACUGUGCUUCAUUGCGAAAAACCUACGAUUUAUCUUUGAAAUACAUGUGCCGUCAGUAUGAGUACACACUCCUUUGUGCUUGAUAGGUCAGGUUGUUUAGUGCUAACAAUUUUAGCUGUCGUGGUCAGAGGCAGAUACGCAGGAAAGAAGGUCGUCAUUGUGAAACCUCACGAUGAGGGUACCAAAUCCCACCAAUUCCCACACGCUAUUGUCGCCGGUGUCGAGAGACAACCACUCAAGGUGACCAAAUCCAUGGGAAAUAAGAAAAUUGCUAAGAGAACUAAGAUCAAGCCAUUCGUGAAAGUCAUCAACUACAACCACUUGAUGCCAACCAGAUACUCGUUCGAGGUCGAGUCUUUCAAAAACGCUGUCUCCGUGGAAGCUUUGUCUGAGCCAUCCCAAAGAGAGGAAGCCAAGAAGGUGAUCAAGAAGGCAUUUGAGGAGAGACACCAAGCCGGCAAGAACAAGUGGUUCUUCACCAAGCUUGCCUUUUAAAUCAUACUAAAUAGUGCUUAAUCAUUGACUUAAA